AAGGAAUUUUUAUCGCUUGAAUAAUAUAAUAAAAACUCGACAGAUUAUUUAAACCAGUUGGGAAUUCAUGUUUUAAAAUCAAAUGUUAUUCUGUUAUAUUGAUAUAAAAAAGCCUUGUAAAAAAAAACCUAAAAUUUAAAUGAAUGUUCCAGUAUGGUUACUAGCAAUCUUGGUGUGCUUAAGUUUAAUACUGAUUACUGUGUGUUUUGUUGUUGGUUUCAAUGUGACAAAAAAUUGGCUUCACAUGCAAAAGUACGAACGCAUCCGUUCAAAGAGAUGUAAAAAUCACGCCCAUCUUAAAGCGACAUCUUUUUUAUGUGGAUACGAGAAUACUUAUAAAUUAAAUCCUCAUCAAAAUUUUCCGUUUCUUCCUAUAACUUCUACAAACGUCAUUCAAAAAGAUAACUCCGUAAAAUGGUUAGAGUCAAAGCAAUCUACAUCCACUACUUCCACUUUACAUGCCAAAAUCCCUCCUUUUAACAAAUUUGAAAGAAGAUUGCUUUUGAGUCACGCUGAAAGUUUUGAUGAGCGUUCAUUCCAAAGACUUCUUCAUAAACAACAUGUGCUAAGAUCAUCAGCGACUAACUUACGUCAAAUAGAAAGUCCAAGUUCAUAUCGUAGUUUUGAUGGAAGCACUGAUAGUAGAGGAAAUAGUUUAACAGUAAAGCACAAUGCAUUAGUUGACUUUGAUACUUCGGAACAAACAGAAACAGUUUAUCUUAACAACGGUUAUUUAACAGAAAGCGACGAAAUUCUCAAAAAUGAACCACUUAUAAGUUAUGAUCAAGAUAGCUCUACUGUAUUUAAAUCAAUAGAAAGAGGAUCUCUUACAUUUCUACUUGAGUACGAUUCAAAGUUAGCAGAACUUUUAAUUACUGUUAAAAAUGCAAUAGACUUACCUUCUGUGAGCGGAAAAGAUCGCGUAAAUAGCUAUGUUAACAUAUGUAUUGUUCCUGAAGACUUUUUAUGGAAAAGAACGGAAGUUGUACCCAACAAUUGUUGUCCAAUAUACAAUACAACCUUUCGUAUUACUGAUGUUCUAUAUCAUAAACUUCGAGAAUAUACGUUAUGCUUCUAUGUCAUGGACGUUGACGUAACCAUUGGUGAAACAGUUGUUGGAAAGGUUUUAUAUCCUCUCUCCGAUCUUAGAAUGGAGCAGAUUGUUGAAGUACAGAAAGAGCUUUCAUUACCUUAAUUACUAUAACAACCUUAAUUACUAUAAAUAUUAAACUUCAUUACCUUAAUAACUAUAACGACGAAUUACAAAAAAAAUUAAAAAUAGUUAAAUAUAAUUACAAAUAGAAUUUCAAAUUAUUACAAAGUUAAUAAAGAGACAAAGUAAAAAUAUUAUGAAAAAAAUUAUUUUUUAGGUGCAAUCUAUCAGUCAAUAAAAGUGAAACUUGUGAAGUGUAUAAAUUGUAUAAAACUUAUUAAUAUUUAUAAAUGUAUUAUGAGCUUAACUGUGGAUAAAAAUGUUUAAAAAUGUAUUUCAGUUUUUAGUUAAAAAAUAUCAAACAAUUGUC